GCAGACGGUGCAACACUCUAAACUGUCCGUCACCUGGAAAACUUUACACUUCACUAAAAACUUUUUAAAAAGGCACAAACAAAGUGUCAAAAUUGGCAAAUUAAAUAUUAUUUGGACGCGCGUUGUCGAAUAAGAAGCAAUCUCUUCAAGCUUCUUGUAUUUUAACUUUUUUUUAGAGAUAAUUUUCAAAGCAUUAUCCAUUAGCAUAUUAGCCCAAAUGAAUAACAUGAAAUCUGAUGACUAUAACUUUAACCAACUUGAAAUUUAAAGACAACUUAAAAGCACGACAUUUAGCGUAUAUUGUGAUAUUUGAGUUUAGUUUUAUUUUAGUCAGGAUGCCAUAGCGUGUAUUUAAUAGAUAGAUUUAAUCAAAUACUUAUUUCUUUUCAUAAAAUAAUAUAUUCUCUGCACAGUCGAUAAUUUGUUCCCAUUGAAUUUUAAUUUAACCUUCAUGUGGUCCAUCCUGGGAUCUUCGCUCCUGGCUAAAAUGACUGAAGAAGGUAUCACUGGAUUUGUCAAGAUUUGACUUGUAACUUGGUCUGGUGGUCUGGUCACAUGCUUGUCUCCAUGAAGAAAACAUCAGGUCCAUCCGGUGACGUGGUGACGUUUUUCCCUGGAAUGUGCCUGAUUUGCCGGAUUACGCGCAGGCGGGCAGUCGGCGCUCGACAGACCGCCUCCCAUCAGCUAUAAAACCUCACGGCCCUCCCCUAAUCUCUCUCUUUCUGUUACCUGGCUCAGGGGCAGCAGCUUUGGCCUUGAAAAACCCAGAAACACCGAAACAACACAAUGGGAAAGGAAAAGAUCCACAUCAACAUCGUGGUCAUUGGCCAUGUCGACUCCGGAAAGUCCACCUCCACCGGUCAUCUGAUCUACAAAUGCGGUGGAAUCGACAAGAGAACCAUCGAGAAGUUCGAGAAGGAAGCAGCUGAGAUGGGCAAAGGCUCUUUCAAAUAUGCCUGGGUGCUGGACAAACUGAAGGCUGAGCGUGAGCGUGGUAUCACCAUUGACAUUGCCCUGUGGAAGUUUGAGACCAGCAAGUACUACGUGACCAUCAUUGAUGCUCCUGGACACAGGGACUUCAUCAAGAACAUGAUCACUGGCACCUCUCAGGCUGACUGCGCUGUGCUGAUCGUUGCUGCUGGUGUGGGUGAGUUUGAGGCCGGUAUCUCCAAGAACGGACAGACCCGUGAGCAUGCUCUGCUUGCCUUCACACUUGGAGUGAAGCAGCUCAUCGUUGGUGUCAACAAGAUGGACUCCACCGAGCCCCCAUACAGCCAGGCCCGUUAUGAGGAAAUCACCAAGGAAGUCAGUGCUUACAUCAAGAAGAUCGGUUACAACCCAGCAACUGUCGCCUUUGUGCCCAUCUCUGGAUGGCACGGAGACAACAUGCUCGAGACCAGUGAGAAGAUGGGCUGGUUCAAGGGCUGGAAGAUCGAGCGUAAAGAGGGAAAUGCCAGUGGUACUACCCUCUUGGAGGCUCUGGAUGCCAUCCUGCCCCCCAGCCGCCCCACAGACAAGCCCCUCCGUCUGCCCCUGCAGGAUGUCUACAAAAUUGGAGGUAUUGGAACUGUCCCUGUGGGCCGUGUGGAGACUGGUGUCCUGAAGCCUGGUAUGGUGGUGACCUUUGCUCCCCCAAAUCUCACCACUGAGGUGAAGUCUGUGGAGAUGCACCACGAGUCUCUGCCUGAGGCUCUGCCUGGAGACAACGUUGGUUUCAACGUCAAGAACGUGUCCGUCAAGGAAAUCCGUCGUGGAAACGUGGCUGGUGACAGCAAGAACGACCCACCCAAGGCUGCUGAGUGCUUCAAUGCUCAGGUCAUCAUCCUGAACCACCCUGGCCAGAUCAACGAGGGAUACGCCCCAGUUCUGGACUGCCACACUGCUCACAUUGCCUGCAAGUUCAAGGAGCUGAUUGAGAAGAUUGACCGUCGUUCUGGCAAGAAGCUUGAGGACAACCCCAAGUCUGUCAAAUCUGGAGAUGCUGCCAUUGUUAAGAUGAUCCCACAGAAGCCCAUGGUUGUGGAGUCCUUCUCCAACUAUCCUCCCCUUGGUCGUUUCGCUGUACGUGACAUGAGGCAGACCGUGGCUGUCGGUGUCAUCAAGCAGGUGACCACCAAGGACGUGUCCGGCAAAGUCACAAAGGCUGCAGAAAAGGCCCAGAAGAAGAAAUGAAUGGUCGUGCAGGACCUCCACCAGAAGGGAGCGGUUUGCCGGCAGCUGCAGGCCGCCCCUGCCCCCCACAUUACCCUCUUUCUUGGACCAUCUUCUCUGAGGCUGGGCUCUCAACUUAAGGACUGGCUUAUGCUGAUUAAAACCCAUCGUAAAAGUUUUCGCAGGAAAAAGUACUGCGGCAUUGUCAUUUAAAUCAGACGGUGCCUCUUCAGUUGAGUUUAAGUUGGAAAUGGUUUAGAACUCUUGAUGUUUAAAUGCCAUAUUUGAUUGGAAUAAGGCUGCUGGUAACUAAUAAAAAUAAAACUUUGAAAAAAUUGA